UUGAUUGAGGGUUUCUGAUUGGAUGGUUGCCAUGAUGCGAGACCACCUGCAGGUACAAUAACCUCAGUAGGGAUCCAGACUGACCUCAGUUCUUCUUCGUGCACCGCAGAACCGCUCUGAUGGAGAUGCCACCUUGGGUCCUCCUCAUGCUCAUCCUCCUAGCUUCUGGGAUGAAGACCUGCAAAGGAGCCUCCCUACCGGUCGACUGCAGUGACAUCCACCACCAAGACAAUAAUCUGUCCAAUGGAGUGUUCACCAUCUAUCCUGCUGGAUCCACUUCUGCUGUGCAGGUGUACUGUGACUUGGAGUCGGAGGGAGGACGCUGGACGGUGUUCCAGAAGAGGAUGGACGGCUCUGUGAACUUCUACAGAGGCUGGGACCAGUACAAGUUGGGCUUCGGGAACGCUUUUGGAGAGUACUGGCUUGGUCUUGAGAACAUCCAUCAGCUGAUACGUCAGAAAAAGUACGAGCUUCUGGUGGACAUGGAGGACUUCGAAGGAAACAAAACGUUUGCUCGUUACUCUGCAUUCAGCGUGGAUGAUGAGCGUGACGGUUACGAAUUGCACGUGUCUGGAUUCCACAAUGGGGGCGCCGGAGAUUCCCUGAUAUUUCACAACGGGAGGAAGUUCACCACCUUUGACAAAGACCAAGACGACUGGUAUAAAAACUGUGCCAGAGUAUUCUUGGGGGCGUUCUGGUAUGAUAAGUGUCACGGUACAAACCCUAACGGGAUUUACCACUGGGGGGCCGAUGACAGCCGCUUUGCGGUUGGAGUGAACUGGUUAACCUGGAAGGGUCAUGAGUACUCCCUGAAGACCAUCAUCAUGAAGAUCCGGCCUGUUACAUGAGCAUGACCCAUAACCAGAGGUGUGUCUCACGUGUAAUCUGAAUGAAGUGUUUCAGCACUGGGUGGAGAUUUGAAGUGAAUAUUUGUGUCCUGACAAUAAAUGAGAAACAAACAGCUGA